CCCGCCCCGCGGCAAUCACGUGCGCGGAAGGCGCCCCAAGGCAGGAGGCGGGGCGGCCGGCCCGGGGCCGCCGGCGACGGGACCGGUCCCGGGGCGGGGUCUGCGAGCGUCCCCCGGCAGGGGUUAAAGGCACCAGAAGUUCAAACACCCUCCUGAAAACGCCCUCCUCGCUGUGCUCCGAGCCUCCCAGCCGUUGUCACCAUGGCUGGCGGCAUCACGGACACGGGAGAGCUCUACUCUCCCUACGUUGGUCUGGUUUACAUGUUCAACCUCAUCGUUGGAACGGGAGCCCUGACCAUGCCGAAGGCCUUUGCGAUGGCGGGGUGGCUCCUCAGCCUCGUGCUCCUCAUGUUCCUGGGAUUUAUGAGCUACAUGACUACGACCUUUGUGGUGGAAGCCAUGGCUGCUGCGAAUGCCCAGCUGCGAUGGAAGAGAAUGGAAAAACGCAAGGAGGAUGAUGAGGAUGAGGAUUCUUCCUCUGGAGUAUCUGACACUGACGUUCUCCUCCAGGAUGGCUACGAGCGAGCAGAGACACGGCCUAUCCUGUCAGUUCAGAGACGUGGCUCACCCAAUAUCUUUGAAAUCACCGAGAGGGUGGAAAUGGGGCAGAUGGCUUCCAUGUUCUUCAAUAAAGUGGGUGUCAACCUCUUCUAUUUCUGCAUCAUUAUCUACCUCUAUGGAGACCUGGCGAUCUACGCAGCAGCCGUGCCAGUCUCUCUCAUGCAAGUGACCUGCAGCGCCACUGGCAACCAUUCUUGCAAUGUUGGAGAUGGCACCAAGUACAACGAUACAGACAAGUGCUGGGGGCCGAUUCGACGGAUCGAUGCCUACAGGCUCUAUCUGGCAGCCUUCACUCUCCUCCUGGGUCCUUUCACCUUCUUCAAUGUGCAGAAGACCAAGUAUCUCCAAAUCAUGACGUCCCUCAUGAGGUGGAUAGCUUUCAUCCUCAUGAUUAUUCUGGCCCUCAUCCGCAUCAGCAAAGGCCAAGCUGAAGGUCACCCGUCCAUGGCCCAGCUGUCGGGCAUCCGCAAUCUCUUUGGGGUGUGCGUCUACUCCUUCAUGUGCCAGCACUCCCUGCCAUCCCUCAUCACACCCAUCUCCAAGAAGAAGCACGUCAACAAGCUCGUGCUGCUCGACUACAUCCUGAUCCUGGCUUUCUACAGCCUCCUGUCCUUCACUGCCAUUUACUGCUUCCGCAAUGACACCCUCAUGGACAUGUACACUCUCAACUUCACCAACUGCGACAUCAUCAACGUUGCCUUCAUUCGCUACUUCCUGGGCCUCUUCCCCGUCUUCACCAUCAGUACCAACUUCCCCAUCAUCGCGGUGACCCUGCGCAACAACUGGAAAACCCUUUUCCACAGGGAAGGGGGCACCUACCCAUGGCUGGUGGAUAGGAUUGUCUUUCCUGCCAUCACGCUCAUCCCCCCGGUGCUGGUGGCUUUCUGCACCCACGACCUGGAGUCCUUGGUGGGGAUCACAGGAGCAUAUGCUGGGAAUGGGAUUCAGUACCUUAUCCCGGCUUUCCUGGCGUACUGCAGCCGCAAGGACACACAGCUGGUGUUUGGCAGCGGGACGGUUAACAAGCAUCUCUCCCCAUUCCGGCACACCUUCUGGAUUGUGUUUGUGCUCAUAUGGGGCUUUUCCUGCUUUGUGUUCGUCACUGCAAACAUCGUCCUGAGCGAGCCCAAGCUCUGACGGGGGCAGUGGCUCCCUCCGCAGCUCCGGAGACUUUGGCAUUUCAGCUCCCCCUGGGAUUGUGAAGGGGGGAAAGGCAGCAUGAAGGGAAGUUUCCAGGCCAUCGGUGUGGUGGCACGUGUUGGACCUGGAAACAGAGUCUCUCCGCUCCAUUUUGAGUGUGGUUGGAGUGGACUCAGCCUUGUUACAGCCCAGGUUCUCAGCCUCUUUGCACAUGCCGAGGGGCUGAGCCUGCGCCAUCAACCAGAGUGCAGCCAUUUCUGCCUUCGGUUCUGUUGGAGCGUCCCUUUCUCCGUCCCCACAGCAGCUCUGUGUGUGCUGCGGGGCUCGGCACGCGGGAGAGCUGGCAGCCUUGGCUGCUCGCUGCUCUGAUCGCUUCAGUGUCCCUGCUCCCAAAGACAGGGGCGUGCGCUGCGGAAUCCAGCAGGAGUUUGGGGGAACUGAGUCUCUGCCGAGACCCCUCCCAGCCAACCUCCUGUGCCAGCUGAGGGCAGGAAUUAGGGUGGGAAUGGCCCUAAUUCCGACAGAAAUAAUGUUGUGGUCUGUUACAGUUUCUUUUCCUAGAGGCAUUAACCUGUUCUGUGUGCCGUGCGUUGCCCGAGAUCUGGGAUCUUUGGCUUAGAGCUGGAUUUUUCCAGCCCAGGAGUUUCACACUUCUCCGUUCUCCCUAGCAGUGGCAGCCCCGGUUGGACGGAGCAAUGCCCUGACACGUGCUGGGAUACAGCACUUCCCUGGCAAGGAGAAGGCAGCUGUGCUUCCCCCGGCUCCGACGUGCGGCUGGCAGAGCCCUUUUCCCGUUUGCCCGGGGCUGGGGAAGCUGCCCAGAGCCUGGCUCCAGCGGUCAGGAUGCGUGUGGGCUGCGGAGGCUCUCAUUAACCAGUCUGGACACGCGUGAGGCUUGCGAGAGCACCGGCUGUGCACACUGAUGCGUUUCCAGCCUCCUGCGCUGGGUAAUUGGCCUUGAAACAAGGUGGGUGUGAACUCCAGGGAAUGGGCUGGUGCCAGGAGGGAGCAGCAGUGCCCUGGCUCCCAGAGACAGAGCUCCUGGUGCUGCGCGAGAGCAAAACCCAGCUGGAACUGUGCCUGCAUCCCCCUCUCUUCUCUUUCUGCACGGCGUCACGGUUGGCUUUGGGCUGGUUUUGCUCUGCUAGCUGAGAGCUGGGCUGCCUCUUGCCUUCGGCAGCCGGUGCUCCAGG